AUGGUACUCGGGGGCACAACAAGGAAGGCUAAACCUAAUGGCGGGAAGAUUCGAGAAUUUUUUGAAGAGCUGAUAAUUUUGCGGGAUCUUAUAAGCCUCGCGUGCUAUAAAGUUAUGAGCAACGUCAACACACCAGCACCAGGCGCGCCGUUCUACACACCUUAUCAAAAUCCAGCAGCCGGCACUGCUGUAGUUCCUCAAGCGAGCGGAAAAGCUAUUCCCAAACUGUUCCAACCUCUGAAAAUUCGUGGAUUAGAGCUCCAGAACAGGAUAUUUGUCGAGUUUCGCCCUCUCCCCGAUCUGACGACAUUCGGCGGCAUCGUUUCUCGUGGCCCGGGAUUGACGCUAUCAGAAGCCGUCGCAGUCGUGCCUGAAGGACGUAUCACUCCUCAGGAUGCUGGUAUCUGGUCUGACGCGCAUGCUGACGCGUUGAAGCCCGUGGUCGACUUCGCGCAUUCGCAAAAUCAAAAAAUUGGCAUCCAGCUCGCCCAUGCCGGCCGAAAAGCUUCUUGUAACGCGCCGUGGCUCGAUUGUCCGAAUCCAGUAGCAACCGAAGAUGUUGAUGGAUGGCCGGACAAUGUGUGGGCGCCCUCGCCCAUACCUUUCCAUCCAUCCUACCCUCAACCUAAGGAGUUGACUAAGGACGGGAUAAAAAAUGUUGUCAAUGCAUUUGUGGAAGCUGCGAAGAGGGCUGUGAAAAUUGGCUUUGAUGUCAUUGAGAUUCACUCCGCCCACGGGUACCUCCUGUCCUCGUUCUUGAGCCCUACCAGCAACAGGCGAACAGACGAUUACGGAGGUAGUUUCGAAAACAGGACUCGGCUCCUUAUCGAGAUCGUUGAUGGGGUAAGGGCUGUUAUACCUCAAGAUAUGCCAUUGUUUGUCCGUGUAUCUGGGACUGAAUGGCUUGAAGAAGUACUGCCACUGGAAGAAUCUUGGACAGUUGAAGAUACUUGCCGACUCGCUGUGAUCCUCGCUGAACAUGGUGUCGAUCUUUUCGACGUCUCUGCAGGAGGCAUUGAUUCUCGCCAGAAAAUUCGUUCGGGACCCGAAUAUCAAGUCCCCUUCGCAGCCGCUGCCAAGGAGGCUGUAGGUUCCAAAAUGCUCGUCAGCGCGGUUGGCGGCCUUUGGGAUGGCAAAGUUGCCUCUGGUGUUCUUGAGUCUGGGAAGGCGGAUGUAAUCUUCGUGGGCAGGCAAUUCCAGAAGAACCCUGGAUUGGUAUGGUCGAUGGCGGAUGACCUUGAUGUGCAGAUCUAUUCUGCUCGACAAAUUCAGUGGGGCUUCCGAGGGAGGGGUAUUCGCUUUUUGGGAACGAAUAAAAAGGAAGCCGAUAAGUAG